CUGCUAUGUCUCAAGCCGACAAACCACCCGACUGCCCUGUUUCAGUGGACCCGGGUGAUGCAUUUAUUCGGGUUGAAUAUGGUACCAAAUUUCAAUCCCUUUGAACCCUAAUCUCUCACAUUCUUCUACGUAAACGGAUCUCAGGUGAAGCACAUAGUGACAGAUCUUCUCUGUCACCGUCUACAAGCCAAUCAACAUCCGAAAAAGCAAACCGGGUUCUCUCUCAUUUUCAUCUCUUGGAUUAUCUCUACGUGUGUAAAAAGUCAAAGCCCCAACCAUCGCAGAAACUUGUGGUCACGAGACCUCAACUGCAGCUGAGCAGCAGACGCGGACGAAUAUAAUUCUCAGAAGCAUCGGCAUCCGAGGGAGGUACUGUGUCUUCUUCAUCGAAUUUCGUUUUCUGGGAAAUGGGUUUUUGGACGCUAGUGGAAGGCUGUCUGCUUAUUGCAAAUGCACUGGCAAUACUAAACGAGGAUCGCUUCCUUGCACCCAGAGGCUGGAGCUUUCAGGAAUUCUCGGGGGUCCGGAGAAAUUCGUUUAAGGGCCAGCUUAUAGGUCUCAUAUAUGCGACACAGUAUAUGAGAGUUCCUCUUAUUCUCCUCAACUCUAUCUGGAUUGUUGUCAAGCUGGUGUCUGGGUGAUGUUGCCUGACCAGUUAAUUGUUGCAAGGAUUUGUGAAGAUUCUUUGAGAUUCAGGGAAGUUUGCAGAAAAGGUUUCUUUUGGAGGGCAGAAUCACUUGGGUAAAGUUAAAAGGAAUUUUUAUUUUAUUUUUUAAUUUAAAAUUUCUUUCCCGUGAGUUACCAUUUUUAGGUUAUAUUCACUCAUCGUUCCUUGAGAUUAUUGUGGUAGGAGGAUAAGGUGGAUGUGGAAUUGUCAUGAGAGAUUUGACUGUUAAUUGUAUAAUGGAAAUAACUUUAGGACCUUAGUUGUUAUUUGGCCAUAUAUGAUAUUCUGUGCUGAUUCUCUGAUUCUCAUCUGAAAUAUGGUUUGUUUGAUAUGAGAUUUUAUGAGGAUUUGGUUUUCUUUA